AUGAUCGAGUUGUCUUUCGUCGAUGGAAAAUCCGAAAUUCACUCUCAACGGUCAUUUGAUGCAACCUCUCCGCUUCUGCCUAUCAAUAUCCGGUUAUCAGAUGACGAAAGCCCGCAGAACCCCCCCUCAACUUGGAAAAGCAUAUCAAGUCGUUUUCUCGUGAUCGACGACCCAGAAGGCAAAAUGAUUUCCACGGAAAAGUGGCAAUCUCGUCUGGGAGACUGCAGAUCCUCCUAUGUCUUCUAUAGUACGAGAAGCCCGAAGCAUAUAUCGCAGACUGCGAACCAAACUCCAGGGAUUUUCAAAAUAUUCAGGAAUCCUGAAUUGAAAUAUCUGGUUAUAAUUAUCGAUGCUGAUGAUCUAAGGGACAACGGAAUAUCCAUCACGCCGAAUUCAUCAUGGGAGAAAAUAGCUGCGGAUGUAGUAAAUCUCUUCAAGCCCGCUGAAAUACCAGACUCCCCAGGUGAGUUUACGGCAACAGUCCAAUGGAUCAUUCGAAUUGGUUCCUCCGGUGCGGUUGUCUUGCAGCAGACUCCAUCCCGAAAUCAGCUCUAUUUUGAUUUAGAGAACGGUGCAGCUGUUGUGACACUGCCAUACUCUGUACCUCGCCCGUCACUCCAAGCCGCGUUUACAAGUGGAUUGAUGUUCAGCGUGAGAAGCGAGAUGAUUAUUCACCCACGCCGAGCUUUCGCAAAUAUUGAUCUUCGAGGACCGAUCACAAAAGGGUUAAGCAAUGUUCGCUCCCUUGCUGAAAAGGGGUUCCCUGCAUCUGAGAGACCCAAAAAUUGGUGCCCACAAUACCCGGACUUGGAAUUCGGAAUGGAGCGAACUCAGAACAUUCAAUGUUCUGAAAUACCUUCAACACCUGAAAAGCGUGAGACAUGGUCCAUAUUGGAACAAUGCGUGGAACGAAGACCUCCUCAUCCUCGACGCAGCUUGAAAAAUCAAAUCUUUGACCUGGCUGAAGGUAUCAUGAAUGCUCGGGAAGAGGAUGGACCACUAGCAUCUAUCCCCACAGCCAAGUUUGGCAAGAUGACUGUAGCCGACAGGGAGGUAAUGGAAAAAUUUCAUUACAUCUCAAAUAAAGUACAGGAAUAUCUUGCAAAUCCCCCCAAAGGCCACUUUCUACCGGAGUGUUUGGCCCACCAGGCGCUGGAAAAUCCUUUGGCAUCAAACAGAUCAUGCAGAGGGUCAUACAAGGAAAGUCUGCCAGUAAUGCCAGGAAACGGUUCAAUCAACAGUCAGUCAAACUGA